AUGCCGGUUAACAUUGGACUCACUUUUCUAUUUGGAGGCAUUCUUGGAUGGAUAGUUGUCAAAAUUCUGAGACCUAAGCCUUACCUUGAAGGCCUCAUCAUUGCUACAUGUGCUUCUGGGAACUUGGGAAAUCUUCUCCUUAUAGUUGUCCCUGCAAUCUGUAACGAGGAAGGAAGUCCAUUUGGGAAUCGUAAUGUUUGCAGCUCUGUUGGACUCUCAUAUGCAUCUUUCUCCAUGGCGCUUGGUGGUUUCUACAUAUGGACUUACAGUUACCAUCUGGUAAGAAGUUCAUCAAUUAAAUACAAAGCACUUCAAGCUGCUGAAGAUACAUCUGAGUCUAAGGUGGCCAACAAGGAUUUUGAUGCCACCCCAGAAACUCGACUUCUCAAGGGAGAAGAGGAUGAACAAAACGUAUCUGUAAAUGGGUCAUUACCAAAGUCUACUUAUGUAGAUGCUGAAAGCCAAAUUGUACCACAAGAAUCAACUAGUCAUCAGGAUAAAUCAAAGGAAUCAUCCUGUAAAAAGAUACUUGAAUUCUUUCACAAGAUCGGGGAGGAGCUAAUGGCACCUCCUACAAUUGCCGCGGGAUGGAACAAUUCCAUGUAUAACACUUAUACUUGGAGGCAAUCUCAUUCAAGAUACAUCGUACUUCCUAUGAUUGGUAUAUGGAUUGUUAAAGGAGCUUCCACUCUUGGUUUCCUUCCAUCGGACCCUUUAUACCACUAUGUGCUCAUGAUUCAAUUCACUCUCCCACCUGCCAUGAACAUUGGUACAAUGACCCAGUUGUUUGAUGUGGCUCAAGAGGAAUGUUCAGUCCUCUUUUUCUGGACAUAUUUAGUUUCAGCACUAGCACUCACGUCUUGGUCAACAGUCUACAUGUGGAUCUUGGCCUAA